UUGUUCCCAAUUCUCCAACCGUCAUAAUCGUCUUCACUGCUUCCUCCGGCAAAAUCAUCGAGCUAUUUUCCCGGCGACCAAUGUCCGAUCUCAAUUCUACAUCCAAUUUGAAAACUGUUAGGGUUGUAAUUAAAGGGAGAGUUCAGGGUGUCUCGUAUAGGGGUUGGAUAGUAGAUAAUGCGACGGAAUUGGGUUUGAGUGGUUGGGUUAGGAACAAAAAGGACGGCGGCAAUGUGGAAGCCAUGUUUUCCGGUAGUCCUGAGAAGGUUGUAGAAAUGGAACGCCGGUGUUGGGUGGGACCGCCGGCGGCGAAAGUCACCGACGUGGAUGUUAACGAUUGUGAUGAAGAUUUGGCCCCGGGCUUUGAAUGUAGGCUAACUGUUUGAUCAGUUGCCUAAAAGAAACAAAAUAAUUAUUCUUUUUUGAUAAUCAAAUUGCUUGAUGUAUUUAUAUGUUUAAAAUUAAUGCAUGCUUUAUUUUUGC